GUGGAAUCAGAAAAACAUUUAGUGUCUUGGUCCUGAGACAAGAUCCCAGACAAAGUUCCUGACUCUUAAUCUAAUGCCAUUUAGAAACCUGAAUUUAUUGCCUCUUCCUUCAAUUUAAGGCAUGACCAAGUGUGAUAGAUGCCUAUGAACUUCCUGGUCACUUUCCUGCAUUGGAAGGACACCAAGAAAGAGAGUGUAUCCUGAGCAGAACUCCACCCUACUUUAGCUCGUAAACUAACCCAUCAGGUCCUAGGAGAUCCACCCUCCCAGCCCUGAGAUUAGGAUGGAGACCCUUUCCCAAGAUUCUUUGCUGGAAUGUCAGAUUUGUUUCAAUUAUUACAGUCCUCGACGGAGGCCCAAGUUGUUAGACUGCAAACAUACCUGCUGUUCUGUUUGCCUCCAGCAAAUGAGGACGAGCCAGAAGGACCUGAGGUGCCCCUGGUGCCGAGGUAUCACCAAGCUUCCUCCGGGGUUCUCCGUCUCUCAGCUCCCCGACGAUCCCGAGGUGCUUGCGGUCAUCGCCAUCCCGCACACAUCGGAGCACACUCCAGUCUUCAUCAAACUUCCUAGCAACGGGUGUUACAUGCUCCCUUUGCCCAUCUCCAAGGAGCGAGCGUUAUUGCCUGGAGACAUUGGCUGCCGCCUGUUGCCGGGCAACCAGCAAAAGUCUGUCACCGUGGUGACGAUCCCGACAGAACAGCAGCCUCUGCAGGGGGCGCUGCCCCAAGAUGCUGUGAUGGAGGAGGAGCCAGACCGGAGGGGCGUGGUGAAAAGCUCCACGUGGUCAGGGGUGUGUACCGUGAUCUUGGUGGCCUGCGUCCUGGUCUUCCUGCUGGGCAUCGUCCUCCACAACAUGUCUUGCAUUUCUAAGCGCUUCACUGUGAUCUCCUGUGGCUGAGGAAGGCCACCGAGUGGAAUUCCAUAUGUGUGCCAACUUAGGGGUUGAGAAGGUAUUGGUGAUGGGAUCACAGCGAGGUGUAUAAGGCAACACUGACCAAUUGGUGCAGGGCACUGGGCACUGGGUGAGCCUCUUGAUAAUCUGAAGACAGACCCAAAAAGGCAGAAUGCAGGACCUCUCAACAAGAUACGGGGCAAACUGUACUGAGUGAUGGUCACAGCUUGGAAGGAGAUUGCAUGCAUCACCCUGAUAAUUUAUUAAAUGAACUGUAAUUUAUGAUUUUAUCAUGUUAAAACAUAUUCUACCUAGAUGUUAUACUGUACAAGUAUAUAUGAUGUGAUCUCUAAAUGCAGUAGAUUAAAAUCAAAAUGCUAUGUAUAGAAGUAGAAUUAAACAUGAGAAUCAAUGUAA